UGUAGAUCCUGUAGAGCUGCAUCAGGAGCGCAACACACACGAUGCGCACGAGGCGCUUCGGUUUGGGAGGAGCCUCGAUAUUUCACAGCUUUGUUGCACGCCGCUUUCCAGUGAAGACCCAUUUGGAAAAGGAGAUGUAGUGGGGAAAAGGCGUAACAGAUCUGCAAUACGUCAUCUACCGAUAAAAUGAGCCCACCAGACACAUACAACACCUCGAGCGAAGGGGCGGCCUGGUUUCAACUCAACGACAGCACGGGCUCGCACCAGCCUGGUUUCCACACGGACAUCACCAAGCACUUCGGAGUCCAGAUCAUCCUGAUCACGGCGUAUUCCUUGAUCAUCCUGCUGGGUCUGCUGGGCAACACCCUUGUGGUCUACAUGAUUAUUCGCUACAGAAAAAUGCGAACGGUGACCAACUUCUUCAUAGCGAACCUGGCCCUGGCCGACCUCCUGGUAGACACCCUCUGCCUGCCCUUCACUCUGGUUUACACUCUGCUAGACGACUGGAAGUUCGGAGCCGCGUUGUGCCACAUGGUGCCCUUUGCCCAGGCCCUCAGUGUGCACGUGUCCAUCACGACCAUGACCGUCAUCGCCCUGGAGCGCUACCGCUGCAUCGUUUUCCACCUCGGCCGGCGCCUCACUUGGCACUCCAGCUUCCUCAUCAUGGCCCUCACCUGGACGAUGUCUGCCGCCCUGGCAGCCCCCCUGGCCAUCUUCAGAGAGUACCGCCACGAAGAGAUCCCUUCCAUCAACCUGCGCGUCGCCGUCUGCUCUGAGAUGUGGCCCGACGGGACCAGCAGGGGCGCAGUCAUCUACAGCGUCUCGAUGCUGCUCUUACAGUUCGUCCUCCCUCUGGCCAUCAUCAGUUACGCUUAUAUUUGCAUAUGGGUCAAAUUGAAGAAUCACAUCAGCCCGUCCAGCCGCAGCGACAGCAUCAACCGCCGCAAAAAGACCACCAAGAUGCUGGCCCUGGUGGUGGUGGUGUUUGCCAUCUGCUGGCUGCCGUUCCAUGUGUUCCAGCUGGCAACUGAUCUGGAUCUGCUGCUCAUGUUUAAGGAGUACAAGCUGAUUUACACUGUGUUCCACAUCAUAGCCAUGGGUUCAACUUUUACCAACCCUCUCCUCUACGGGUGGAUGAAUAAGAACUACAGGAACGGCUUCCUCAUGGUCUUCCGUUGUGAGGACAAGCCCGAGUCCUUCCAACCCGAGGGCUCGUUCAGGACACGCUCCUCAAGGAGGCUGACUCUGAAUGGUCGCAAUGGCGGACAGCAUCCGACUGCUGUGUGAGAGUAACACGAUUCUAAAAGCCAGUCGGAUGUGACUGGACACACUGAAUGUACUGGUCUGUGGUGCUUGUGGUUCAAAAGUGGCCGUUUGGCUUUUAAUGCCUGGAGUAUUUACGGGACUGGAGAGGGCUCAAAGCUUUGCAUGCCAACCGCUUUAUGUAAGGCUUCUCUUCUCCUUGUCAAUGGUACUUGUCGAAAGCUCUUCAAUCUGUAUGUUCAUAGUCUUUACUCGGCUGUUAGAUAACUUAGCACAAAGUAUAAUGUGUCUACUUGUUGGAAAAUGAUAUGUAUAAAAUGUAUAAAUAUGUAUGCUCUCCUUUGCAUAAAUUACCUGAAGCUGGUGAAGUGAUUGUUGUUACUAUGGGUGUAUUGUUACUGUGUUUCAUUUUCCACUCAUUGCCAGAUCAUCAACGUUUCUAGAUGAUUUUCACUUAAUUCAUUCAAUUAGAAUUCACUCCAAUGUUCUCACAGAGUAACAUUCAAUGGUAAUCCAAGGAAUCCAGGGCAAGCUGUUAUCUGUCAAACCAGGAGGUUAAUUGUGUUCACCUGGCAACUAGCUGAUCCUGAUUAAAUGGGCCAGCAAGACUCCUUGUCCAAAAGAAUGGAAUUGAGAAAGUGAGAGAAAUUGUUAUUAUAUGACGGAGAGCUGCUUUGUGGAUGUGUUUGAGAAAGGAAUUUGGAAGAAUGCAAAACAUGCAACUGUGUACUCAGCCGUCGAAGGUGUCCUUUGUGUGUGGUCUUUGAGUAAUAAGUACAGGAAAAUGCAUCAACUACACAGCCUCUGGGAGCUUAUCCUGAGCCGCCACUGCAGUUGACUUGAGUUGACCAUUAGAAGGAAAUAUGUUUUGUCUGUCAUAUAAACAGGACUGUGGCUUGGAUGAAAUUCGGAACUGGUCCGGCUGUGUUAAUCUAAAAUUUGCGGUACAUUG